AAUGCCGGCCGGCUACAAACAGCUAAAAACUGGCAAUUGGCAAUGUGAAAAACCUAAUUAUUUUUCUUUAAAGGAAAUACCAACAACAAACAAUCAUGAAAACGGUGUUGAUGGUAGCUGAGAAGCCUUCUUUGGCGGCUUCUUUAGCCAAUAUUUUAUCCAACAAUAAAAGUUCUUCAAGAAAAGGAUUAAAUGGCUCCUGUUCUGUCCACGAAUGGACCGGUUCCUUUAUGGGGCAGAACGUCCGUUUAAAAAUGACUUCUGUAUGUGGUCAUGUAAUGAGUCUGGACUUCCUUGGCAAAUACAACAACUGGGAUAGGGUGGAUCCUGUAGAACUCUUUUCAUGCCCAACAGAGAAGAAGGAAGCAACAGCAAAGUUAAAAAUGCCCUUAUUUUUGAGUGUGGAAGCCAAAGGUUGUGACUAUUUAGUAUUAUGGCUAGAUUGUGACAAAGAAGGAGAAAAUAUUUGCUAUGAAGUUAUGAAUUGUGUUGCCAGCAGUAUACAUGGAAAUGUAUACAGUGAUGCUGUAACAUACAGAGCAAAAUUCUCUGCCAUUACUGAACGCGAUAUUAAAGCCGCAUUUAAUAAUCUAGGAAAACCGAACGAAAACGAAGCAAAAAGCGUUGAUGCCCGUCAAGAACUAGAUUUGCGCAUUGGUUGUGCAUUCACCAGGUUUCAAACGAAGUUUUUCCAAGGACGCUAUGGCGAUUUAGAUGCGUCUUUAAUUUCUUAUGGUCCAUGCCAAACUCCAACUUUGGGCUUUUGUGUACAGAGACAUGACCAGAUUCAAACAUUUAAGCCUGAACCAUAUUGGGUUGUGCAGGUUUAUGUUAAAACAAAUGAAGGGCAAACUGUUAAUUUAGACUGGCAGCGGAUGCGCUGUUUUGAUAAAGAAGUAGCAAAUGUUUUCUUACAAAUAGUAAGAGAAACAAAAAUUGCAAAAGUACAAAGUGUAAUAAGUAAAGAAAAACUAAAACCGCGACCACCGGCGUUGAACACAGUUGAAUUAAUGCGUGUUGCAAGUUCCGGUCUUGGUAUGGGACCACAUCAUGCAAUGCAAAUUGCGGAAAGGCUUUACACACAAGGAUAUAUCAGUUAUCCUCGUACAGAGACCACGCGUUAUCCGGAAAACUUCGAUUUACUCGGCGCAUUGAAACUACAACAACACAACUCAGACUGGGGAAGUGAAGUUAGUGAAAUUCUACGUGAUGGUAUAAAUCGUCCUAAAUCCGGACAUGAUGCUGGCGACCAUCCUCCAAUUACUCCGAUGAGGAGCGCAUCACGUUCGGAACUCGAUGGAGAUGCAUGGAAGCUAUACGAUUAUAUAACCAGACAUUUUAUUGGUACAUUAUCAAAAGAUUGCAAGUAUUUAAGCACGAAAGCUACUUUCAUUAUUAACGAAGAAGUAUUUACAACAUCCGGGAAAACUUUGCUUGAUCCUGGUUUUACUAAAGUGAUGACUUGGCAGGAGUUGGGUAAAGGUGAAAUUGUACCCACGUUUAAGACUAAUGAUAAUGUUCCGAUUCUUGAAAGUAAACUAACUGAACACCAAACAUGUCCGCCUGAUUAUUUAACGGAGGCCGAGUUGAUUACUUUGAUGGAGAAACAUGGUAUUGGUACAGAUGCGUCUAUUCCUGUGCAUAUUAAUAAUAUUUGUCAAAGGAAUUAUGUGACUGUGUCUGGUGGUAGGAGACUUAUACCUACAACGUUGGGAAUUGUUCUUGUGCAUGGUUAUCAAAAGAUUGAUCCGCAAUUGGUUUUGCCUACAAUGCGUUCAGCUGUAGAAGAACAAUUGAAUCUCAUAGCAGCUGGUAAAGCAAAUUUUCAAGCAGUGCUUAAACACACCGUCGAAAUAUUCAAAUUGAAGUUUCAAUACUUUGUGCAGAACAUUGACGGAAUGGAUCAAUUAUUCGAGGUUUCUUUCAGUCCGUUGAGUGCUUCCGGCAAGGCAUUCUGCAGACCAUUCUACUUGUUUUCCAGAUGCGGUAAAUGUCGUCGUUAUAUGAAGUAUAUCCAAGCGAAACCUCAACGUUUACAUUGCUCACAAUGUGAUGAGACAUAUUCACUUCCUCAGAAUGGUAAUAUAAGAUUGUAUAAGGAGUUGAAGUGCCCGUUGGAUGAUUUUGAACUGUUGUCGUGGACAAUGGGAAAUAAAGGCAAAAGUUUUACGUUUUGUCCGUAUUGUUAUAAUCAUGCACCAUUCAGGGAUAUGAAGAAGGGAAGUGGAUGUAAUGCUUGUUUACAUCCGAAUUGUCCUCAUAGUUUGAAUAGUAAUGGCGUCUCGAGUUGCAUUGAAUGUGAAAUUGGUGUACUUGUGUUGGAUCCAAGUAGUGCACCAAAAUGGAAAUUAGUUUGUAACAAAUGCGAUAUUAUUAUUCAUUUAUUCGAUGAUGCUCAGAAGGUAAGCGUGGAAGAUGAUGUCUGUGAGUGUGGCACACAGCUCUUGAAUGUCAAGUAUCAAUCUGAGAAGACAAAGCUGCCUAAUGAGGCGACCGACAUGACGGGUUGCAUGUUCUGUAUGCCAGAGUUUGCGAAACUGGUCGAUAAGCAUAAAGCAAUCGCGAAUAAACGUGGCCCGCGUGCAUUUCGCGGUGGCCGUGGUGCUGGUCGAGGUCGUGGGCGUUCCAGGCCCAAGCAACCUAAAGACAAAAUGGCGCAACUCGCCGCGUAUUUCGUGUGAAAUAGGAAAUAAUCAUACACUUAGUUGCGAAUUUUUUGUAAAUAUGUUUGUUUAUUUUCGUAUUUACAUCGUAUUUAUUUUCGUAUGGUAAUUUUUCAUUUAUCGAUAGAGUGAAACACAUUUAAUCCAAUCCACAGAACUUCAAUGAGUAGUGAUGCUAUUUUGUUUCCUUGUGUGUUAUUUUUUUUGUUUAGACUUUUUUCUUCUUUCUUAAGACGUAUCAAAAAGAUUUCUUUUUAUUAUUAUAAUAUGUUAUACAUUAUAACAAUCAAGACAGGCACAAAGUUCGGUUUCUUAUUUUUUUUUUGUUUUCUCAUUGUGUGUACUCUGUAUAAAAGUACGCAGCGUACGAACCAGUUCGAAGCAAGUACAUACGUCAAUUUGCAAUCAUAAUUAUUAAUACAUAUAAAAAUAACAAUCAAAUAUAACAUUGGUGUAUGUAAGAGAACGUAAUCUAUACUUAUACUUAUAUAGAACAUUAAAGCUUUGUAUUCAUGAGAAGUAAAAUCGAAUUCCGCAACGAAUCGAAAUCAAAUACGUAGAGUUUUUAGUUUGUAACAAAAGUAUACACGUAGAAAAUCUGCUAUCAUGUUUAAUGAAUAUGUACAAGAUCAGAUGUAUUUAAAUAUUAUUUGUCAGCUCAAGUAUAUAUCAUCUACGAUAUUAA